AUGCGACAAAGUACAAAUGUACGAUCUCGAAAGAGAAAACAAGGUGAACUGCGAAAGCAGCUAGAUACCUCGAGCCAAAGUGCAGAGGACGAGGCUUCUCGUAGCAAGCGCGCUCGACCUGCAAAGCAGGCGACGCAGCAAAUGCGCGAUGAUCACCCCGAUGAUUCUCGUAGCAAACGCGCUCGACCUGAAAAGCAGGCGACGCAAAUGCGCGAUGAUUCCUCAAGCUACGAUCAGGGAGGCAGCCGUCCUGCAAAGCAGGCAGCACCUCGAUCUGCUUUGGCAUUGGCACUCGAUCGCAACAAAGCUGCAUCUACUCAAAAUGAGUCUGAUGUAGAAAACAGCGAAGAAUCCGACGAAGCUGUCGACGAUGACGAGGAACAGCCUCUCGCGGCUACAAAUAAGCCCGCUGAAGGUGCCAGACAGUCAAACAUGGCUAAGGCUCGGGAUCCAGAGAAUACCUCUCCCCCUCUCUCCACAUCAUCUCAAAACUCUGAUGAUGCUGAUCAAUCGCAGGUUAUAGUCGAUCAAUAUUGGUCAAAUUCCAAUGAACAAAAGCUUCAGGACGGAUGGACUACCGACGAUGAAGAUACGCUAAAUGCUAUCUCUACCACCGAGGUGGCGCUCUGGAGAAAGACGCAGCUUCUAUUCAAUAAGUCGCCAUGCGACUUGAUACCUGCAGAGAUUAGCCCAACACCAGAUGGCACAGACGUGGUCAACUGGGGUCAAGGUCUUUCGCUAUCUCUCACGAAGCUUGUCUGCUGCCCGGCCUUCAAACGCCAACCAGAGUUCUUGGCCUACUGCUUGCAGUUGGCGUUAUACUAUCGUCGAGGAGGAACAAAACCAAGCAAAUCUGCCUUCCCCUCCGAGCGCAAUAAAGAAUUUAUUGCGCUAUUUGACGAGAAUGUCAAAAAGGCAUUUGGCGCCAAUGCCGAGCUCGACGAGGACUUUAUGCCGAUCAUGAGCAACACAUUAAAUCAGUAUUUCGGGGUUGACAAGCCGAAGUAUUACGAUUUUGCCAAAGGCAUCAAAGAGAGCGUAUAUUCCCACAACGCAGCGCGGGGAAAGCAGGCUGCAUUGAAUAAAAGCAAUGCAAUCACCAAGCGCGAUGUCGACUCUAUAUGCGACGCGUGGGAUGAGUUUGCUGCAAAGCAACGCCCCCGACUGGCAGAUAUAGAGGUGGCCCUGGAAAGAGCAAAUCUCAAGACUCCCCAUGGCCGAGUCAAAGCCGGCACAAUCGGACACAAAGCCAAGGUCCUUGAACUGAAGAAACAGUGGGUGCUGAACUGCAGACGCAAAGCUAUCAGAGCGCGGAACCAAGAGCGCGCCGAGGCCAGCGACUCUGAAGAUACUCCGGUUGAUCACACAAGUGACAACCUCGUGGCAAACAGACCCUCGAGCAUGGACUACCAGCACGCUGACGCCAGUGAGCCCCAAGAGACUCCGGUUGAUCACACAAGUGGCAACCUCGCGUCAGACACGUCCUCGAGUGUCGAGUACCGACGCCGAACGAGUUCUUCUUCUUUGUCCGGGCGCCAAGUUCCAUCGUCGCAAGUCAGGUCUGCGAGCUGA